UGCAUUAGUCAGACUUUUGACACUUGGCAAAAAAGUAAGUAACAUUUAACCUGGCCAAACUGCAAGAAUAAAUAUCUGAUGUGUUCUUCCUUUACACCACUUAUUCAAUUCAGCAUAUUUAUUUGUUAUUUGUGAUCACAUGCUUGCACAUACACUAUAUGGCCAAAAGUAUGUGCACCCCUGACCAUCACAUGCAUAUGUGCUUAUUCCCCAAUAUUAUUCCUAUUUGCCACAAAGUCAGAAGCACACAGUUGUACUGAACGUCUCUGUGUGCUGUAGCGUUACAGUUUCCCUUCACUGGAACUAAGAGACUCAAACCUGCUCCAGCAUGACAAUGCCCCUGUGCACAAAGCGAGCUCCAUGAAGACAUGGUGUGUGAAGGUUGGAGUGGAAGAACUCGAGUGUCCUGCACAGAGCCCUGACCUCAACCCCACUGAACACCUUUGGGAUGAACUGGAACACCGACUGAACCCCAGACCUCCUCGACAUCCCAACAUCAGCACCUGACCUCACUAAUGCUCCUGUAGCUGAAUGAACACAAAUCCCCACAGCCACGCUCCAACAUCUAGUGGAAAGCUUCCCAGAAGAGUGGAGCUCAUUAUAACAGCAAACACACGGGGAAUAAAUCUGGAAUGAGACGUUCAACACGUACAUAUGGGUGUGAUGGUCAGGGGUGCACAUACUUUUGACCAUAUAGUGUAUAGUUUUCUGUAAGAAAUGUGUUUAUUUAACAUUUAUGGAGGGAAUAUCUUCAGGACAGAGGAGUUUACGCUUCUUUGCAGUUUCUCAGUAACGUGCGUAACAAGCUACGAUUUUAUUGUCUGAUUAAUUUGAAGAGAGAGAAUAAAGAGAGGCUGGUGAGGGAACGACUGUUUAUAGCUGCUAUAACGUAAGUGACAACAGGAAUGAACUUGUUUCUUGGACGAUUAAAUGUACCUAUAAAUGGAUAAAACGUAUGAUGUGUUAUUAUUUAUUAAAUUGUAUAAUAGUUGGUGAAGUGCUGUGGUAUAAGAGGAAUAAAACACUUGGAGCUGUGCUGUUGUAGGAAAAUAAUCAACUUCGGGGUGCUAACAGUAAUUUACAGUAACACACACACACACACACACACACAGUAUUUACUUCACUGUAAUGGUGUAUUAUAUGUGUAUUAUAUUUGUGAUGUACAGUGUGUGUAGAGCUGUAAGGGCUCUACAGUGUGUGUAAGCUCUGUGUACUGUAGUCUGUUAUAUGCGGGUUGAAGAAUGAGAAAUCUCGCUUCAGCCAAUCACAUGCCAGUUCUAAUCUCUGCUUCAUUAAUAUUCAUGAGCUCUCCUCGCUUCCUCGACUGGAAGGUUUUUGGCUGAGGUGAGAACAAAUCAACUUCCUGCAGCUUUUGUUUUGGGAUUUUUCCCCAGAGACGACAAGGACGAGGCGAUGUAGCGGAUAUUUUAGCGUUUGCUCUGAACUUUUAGAAAGAUAAAAACUUUGUAGUGAAUUAUAUUUCAGCUUUAAUCUCUAAUUCAGCUGGAAGUGAGAGGAGACCUGGACCUGUUCAUGCACAAUGAGCUGCUGUCCUGUACCGAGUAUGAAAUACCUGCUGCUUAUCUUCAACCUUCUCUACUGGCUGGCAGGUACAGGUGUGUUGGCGGUGGGUCUCUGGCUCAGGUUUGAUCCCAGGACUAAAAGCCUGUUUGAAGGUGAUGGCUCUCCGAGUGGCUUCUACACAGUGGUGUGUAUCCUCAUAGCCAUAGGAGGAUUGAUGAUGCUGGUGGGGUUUCUCGGCUGCUGCGGUGCCAUUCAGGAGUCGCUGUGCAUGCUGGGAUUGUUUUUCUUCUUCCUCCUGCUUAUCUUUGUUGUGGAAGUGGCCGUUGGGAUUUGGGGAUUUUCCAUCCAGAGUAAGGUUGUUGAUGAUGUCACUCAGUUCUACAAGGAAACCUACGAAAAAUACAAAGAGAAUAAACAGGAAGCUCUGAGAGAGACCCUGCACCUGAUCCAGUACGGGCUGAACUGCUGUGGACCCUUCAGCUCCGAGGACAUGGAGACUCUCGAGGAGACGUGUCCUAAACGUGAGGGACUGGAUGUGCUCAUCACCAAGAGCUGCCCUGACGCUAUUGAGAAAUUCUUCACCUCUAAACUCCAUAUUAUCGGCGGCAUUGGGAUCGGAAUCGGAGUGAUCAUGAUCUUGGGCAUGAUCUUCAGCAUGAUGCUGCUGUGUGCCAUCAGGAAGAGUCAGGAGAUCGUCUGAGGGCGUUUAUGCGAAACGCCGCCGUAUUCGUGUUGCAUGAUUUCCAUCCCGAAGCUCUCGCUGUCACCACCGGCUCUGCGCAGCUCGUCCUCUGAUUGGUGGGAAUUUCACAGGCCUCACAGUUUAGCUCUAUGAUUGGUUCAUAUCAUGAAACAUGAAACUGUAGAUUUAGUUGAUUUUGUGGAGCUCGUUGGAAAAACUUUGUAUAUUUUUUAUUGUUCAUGUCAGAAUAGACGAUGACGUUGUUGUUGUUUGCACUGUGUCACUGCUGAUGUUGUGUUGAUGUAAACACAUAUAUGACCUUUUUAAACAUUAUAGUCAUGUCUGAGUUUUUUAAAAAUUAUUAUCACCAUUAUUUAUGUUACCCAAAUUAUUUUAAUGCUCUGGGUUAGGAAUCAUGAUGCUCCAAAGAUACAGUCCCUUCCAGAAUUAUUGGCACCCUUCAAAAAAUUGGGAAUGAUUAUAAAAUUAUUAAUAUAAUAUAAAAUAAACAGAAUAAUUCAAAAAGUUCUGAUUAAACUUUAGGAUCAAAAUUGUUCUCAUAAGAAGGUCUUCUUUUGAAUAAUUAAAUAACAGUAUUUUCUCUCAAACACAUGGGCACCAUCAGAGGAAUAUUUCAAAUGAAUGCAAACAAAUUUGACACUAAAACAAAGUCUGAAAAGUGAAAAUGUAUUUUUAUUGUUUUCAGUGUCUACGAACUCUCUCACUGUCCAGUUCUUGUUUCCAUGGGGUAUAAGUUUGAGGUUGCACACAUGUAAAAUCCCCUUAUUAUCCAUCCAAAGAGCUCCAGAGCAAAAAAGACUGGGUUGUCUCUACCAUGAGGUUACAGUUUGGUCAUAGAUAGAUCUUUCAACAAGACACUGACCUUAAACGUACAUCUAAAUCAACUAAAUGAAUGAAAGAGUUUUUUACGCCGACCGUCACAGUCUCUGGAUUUGAACCUCGCUGAAACCGUGUGAUGUGAAUCAAACAGAAUGUUCAGAAUGUAAAAGAGAUUAAAAUGUGCAUGGAGGAAUGGCUGAGACCUUCUGCACAUACACUGCCUCUGACCUCAUUACAGGACGAGACUCUGUGCUGUUACUCUCUCCCUAGAGGACUGGGCUUGGAAUAUGAAAUGAAUUAUUAAUUGUGGGGGGGUGCCAAUAAUUUUGAAAAGUGUUUUGCAAGAAACUUGUGCACAUUGUGGUUGAAAAAUAGUGUGUUAAAUAAAAAAGUAUACAGCGUCCCUGUGUGUAUAAACUACCGAUUGUUGCAUAUGAUUUAAUUUUUUUUUCAUGAAGGGGGCCAGUAACUUUUGAGAGCACUGUAGGUCAAAAGGUUUUAGUGUGUGUGUGUGUGUGUGUGAGAGAGAGAGAGAGAGAGAGAGAGAGAGAUCGUGAUCAGGACCUCAGUCAGCAGGUCAGUAAUGAGGAAUCUACAGGAAACUCUAAUGAACUAAACUUCAUCACAUUUAAUCAUGACGUUAAUCACGACGAUGACUCACACUUUCAUCUGAAGUUUCCGGAUUCUCCCUUUUCCUUCUUUCUGCAAAACUUUGAAAUGGUUCAAAUGCCUAGUAGAUUAUUGCAAGAUUUAUAUAUUUUUAUUUCAGGUACAUUAAAUAGCUCUGAGUUGAAUCUAAAUGAGGAUGAGCAUUAAUAACGAUGUCUAAAAUAAUGUAAUAAUUAAUGAUUGUAUGUUGAAUUAUUAAAUUAAAUUAUAAUAAUUGUGUGUUAAAUUGAACGUUAUUAGCUGGUAAGAAUUUUAUUUCGACCAACAACCACAUCAUUUUUCUUGAAAUAAACAGGAUGUGAAAUUUCCCUGGAGCUUUUAUUAAAUAAUUAUUCCGUUUAUUAAAUUAAAUUAAUGGUCAUCUGUUAAAUAUAAAGUGAAAUCCUACAAGCAGGCUUUUGCUAUGUGUUUACACUGAGCUUAUAAAAUGCACUCGUGGAGGAAAAUAUUGCAUAUUUCCUCAUAUAUUUAUCUUUCUUAUUACUUUUGUUGUAAUAUGAUUUCAUGUGAAUAACUGAAUAAAUAAUAUGUACACAAUAA